CGUCGUGUUCAAUAGCCUGACACUUUUUACAUGAGUCCUGUACCUUCUAAUUCUUCUUCAGUAUGACAGACAAGAUAUCUCUGAAGUCAGCGCUUGCAGUUCUGGAGAAUGGGCAAUCUGACGAGCUCCAGACUCCAUCGUCAAUAACUGCGGUCACGGUAACAGAUCAAGACAACCUAGAGGAAGGAGAGAUUUCCGAGGAAGAUGUAUCAAGUACUGCUUCAACUCCUCCCCGAAUCGCGGGCCAGCUGUUGAAUAUAUCAAAUGGGACAAGUCUUUCAUCUGACUCUGUUCAGAGCUCCCGUUUAUCUUCUCCCUCAAUCACUGCCUGCGGCUCGACCGCGACAUCAACAACACCACAACAUUCGGAUACGGGACCUAUGACUCUCCAAGACCUGGAUCACACCAAGAACCUCGUACUUGAUCUCCUAGGUUGGGGCGUUUCUCCUGAAUAUCUGGUCGAGGCUGGUGUAUCGGCGGGUGUAAUAUACAGGGUGUUUACCGAUCUCAAUCUCCGUCUUCCUACAAAUCUUGUUCUUCCUCCCACUCGGCCCUUGCCGCCUUCUGGUAUACGAUAGGCGUCUGUUUCCUCACUGUUCGGACCUUCCGCAUUCUGUAAUCGCUUUGUCGCCUCUGUUUUCGAUACUUUUUCUUCCAGCCUAUCGAACAUUCGUUUUUUCGAGUUUUGCACGGGAAGUCUGGAUCCCCCGGUUCUUGUUGUGGGGUUGAUUUUACUGUAAGCUAUUGUCAUAAUCCCUGAGGUAUAUGAAGGGUGUUUGAAGAUCUCCGUCACUCAAUUUCCCCAUUCAUAGGUGGUUUUGACCUGGUCGCAUCGGUAGGUUUAAAUAUUUAACAUUACCUGCACCUAUAUGCAUCCCGCUGCUUCGAUUCGUCUCACCACAGAUAUCUCAGUACCAUUUUCAAUCUACUAACCUUGCCUUAGCUCGCUUUGCCUUUGUGUGCAUCAUGUGCUUAGGCGCUAUUAGCGACUUGUGACAUAGCUUAGAAUUCCU